AUGGUUAUGGGACUUAGGAAAAUUAUAUCUGGUUCCUUGAGUGCUGUGGGCGGAGAUUGGGAAGACGAUCCACAGAAGGGGUCGAAUGAGGACCUACACUGCUUCACCACACGCCGUUGGCUGUGGAAUGAGAAACAGCAACUUCAGAACCGCUUCACGCCCUUCGACGUGCAAGCGCUUCAGGAAAUUGCUGCCAGCAGUAUAGAAGCUGAGAAAUGCGUCUUAAUCACCAAGCUGGGGGAGGGUGGCUCGAACAGAACAAUCCCUUACUCAAUCGCAGGUCCCCAGUACUACACCACAGCAUCUGAAGUCGCCACUAUGGAAUUUGCUCGGACGGUUCUCAACAUUCCUACUCCAAAGGUUCUUGCGUGGUGCGCGGAUAGUCGAUGCAGGGUUGGAUCUGAGUACAUCAUUAUGGAGGUUGCCCGCGGGACUCGACUGGCAGAUGUGCGGGAUGACCUAGCUCUCGAGGAGAAGCUCAAGGUCACUGAUAGCCUUGUUGCGCUGCAGAAGAAGUUAUUCUCGGUGGCUUUGAAUUGCUACGGUAGCCUGUAUUAUGCCACAGAGAAUAUCCCUGGCGCUCUUCCGGCACAGCUCGUUGGAGAUAUCCCCGAGAAAAUACAAGAACAAGUAGCGACCCGGUUUGUGGUUGGGCCAGUGACAGAGCAUGACUUUUGGACAAAAGAGCGUGCACAAAUGACUAUUGACCGCGGUCCCUGGAUGCAACCACAGGACUACGUCACCUCUCUGGCCCAUCGCGAGAAGGCCUGGAUACAACAACAUGCGAUUCCGAAACCCGACGAUGCCACGAUGACCCAGAACUGCCCCGCUAGUCAUCGGUGUCUGCUUGACAAGUACCUCCAAGUGGCACCGUAUCUUCUCCCCAACGAGCCCGCCAUCCUUGCACCGUACCUCUGCCACAGCGAUCUCAAUCCCGCAAACAUCUUCGUGAGUGACGGAGAGAUUACCAGCGUGAUCGACUGGCAGGGCGUAUGGGGCACCCCACUCAUGCUCGGCGGACGGCACCCAAGCUUUAUCCGCUUUGAGGGGAAACCGAUUCUCACUCUUCCCGAAGGUUUCGCCGAGCUCGGCAGCAAAGAACAGUCUGCGAUCGAAGCCCAGAUGGAACAGACCAUCAUUUGUGAUUUCUAUCAGACACGAGUGGCGGAAGAGAUCCCACUCCUCAAUCGCGUGUUCUACCAGGAAUUCGGCAUGCUGCGGUGUUGGCCCAUUCAGUUUGUGGGCGACGCCUGGGAUGAUGAUAUCAUUCGCCUGAGGGAUAAGAUGGGCUUUGGGUUUCCAUGCCCUCUCCAUUUCACAGAGGACGAGCUUCGGGUCCACGAUGAGGAAACCAUAGGCUGGAACAAUAUACAGGGGUUCUGGGACGUAAUCUCCCCAUUAGUGGCGAGAGAUGGCUUCGUUCAUUCCGACAUGUACGAGGAGGCUGCUCACAUGUUCAAAUACGUGCGGAACUGGGGCUUGGAGCACGUCACGGGUAAGGUGAAGGAAAGGUUUGAGCACGCAACGCUGAUGGCUGCGGAUGUCGAAGUUGAGGCAGUGAAUACCGGAGGAUCCGGGGAUAGCUGA